AACACCCCUAGACAGUUCGUAUUGGUUUAUCCCUAAUUAAUUCAAGACCAAGAAACCUUUGUUCCCUUUUUUAUCAGACGUUGGAGGACCAACCCACCUCAGAACCACAGUCGCACAAGUUCCCGAAAACAUCUACCGUACAGUCAGGAUGUCUACAGCUCUGAAGAUUCUUGCCCUGUUCUUAGUCGCGGCGGCGGCGGCUCCUCCACCGACGCUAGAAUUCAACGACAUCAACCAACUGAUAAAGGCCUUGGAGAUGCCGGGGGUCUUCAUGAACGACAAGUUCAACGAAAAACCGCUGAAGGUGCGCAUGUCGAAGUGGCACGUGACGGACUGCGGUAUGCCCAGCGAUCCCGUGAAGAUUAACGGAACCCUGAUGCCCGACCCUCUCAACAUUAACGAUGAGAUCACGGGCAGCUUCAACGUCACCCCCAUGGUCAUGGUCAGCAGCCCUCUCAAGACCGAGGUCACCAUCAUGAAGAAGGUUGGCUCUGGGAUGGUGAAGAUCCCAUGUAUCAGUAACCUUGGAUCCUGCAGCUACGAUGACCUGUGCAGCCUCAUCCCCCUGCAGCCCGGAGACCCCUGCCCCUCUCCUCUGUCCGACUACAACAUCCCGUGCACGUGUCCCUUCAAAAUGGGUUCGUAUGUGCUGCCGCCGCAGUCCUUCUACCUGCCGAGCGGCAUCCUGCCCAGCUGGCUGGUCACAGGAGAGUACCAUGGGAAGGCCAUGCUCUCGUCCAAUGGGAAGGCUCUGGCCUGUAGGGAGCUUACCAUGUCUGUUGUCUCCAGCUAAUCUGCCAACAAUUUCUCUUAAAAGUGUUGGGCAAGUUUUUUUUUUACCUCUCCGGUACACGCUAACUAAAGUGUGCAGCAUAUGCACAGUGCGUAGUUGUAGUUUUAUGCAACAGAUUGCGCAAGUAGAGUAGUUGUUGCCUACAGCUUAAACUAAGGUAAGAGAAAUGCAGUUGACAUGCACUGCAUCUGAAACUACCUGCCUGCAUCUACUCUUUGUAAGACCUGAUAUGUUUGGAUAAAAAAUAUCUGAUAAUGCCAAGCCUUAUCAAAACAAAUAAAACUUUCUACUUUCAA